UGAGAACGUGGGGGCAUGAGGGAGUCAAGGAGCCCAGCAAAGCGGUGCGGAACGCUGGAACGGCGAAUGCAGAAAUGGCGGAAUGCGUUGCUUGUGUCUUCACGUGUUUGCUUUCGCUCACGGCCGACGAGAAUGCCGCAUUGCCCGCUUCUCUCACCUCUCACCUCGCUUCCACGCUCCAUGCUCCAUGAUCCAUGAACACGGCGCAUUGUUCUUAUCUGCCCUGCAACCCUGGCCUUUUCAGACUGGCAUGUUUGAGUCAAUUCAGUAUCCAACAUGGCGUACGGCGUGGAUCGCGUGGAGGACACGAGCGCUUGAGCGCUCUCGCUACUCGACAGAUCGACAGCUCUACAGCUCCAGGCUCAGCCUUCCAACCAUCCUAGAUCUUCUUAUGCCCCUCUGACAUCUCCCCCACAACCUGUAUUGGGCCCAAUGAACAGCCGCCGGGGUCUCUCGCAUGCACAUUACAAGCACACAUGCAUCUCAUGAGUCUCGGUUGGCGCGGCUCGACCUACACGCGAUCUAAACGAACAGGGUAAGAUUAGGAUUAGGC